ACGUGUAAGCGCAACUAGGGGGAGCCACCAUGUCAUGUGCAUGCGCAUUAUCAAAAUCUAUAUUAAAAUGGAGGAAAAGAGUCAAGUUGUGGAACGGGAGGCUAAGAAGGAUGAGAUUCACGAAAAAGAUGGGAAAUCUAAAAGUUCAAAAAAGAGACAUCGUAAGAAGAAGAACAAGAUGGCGCAUGCCACUGGUGAGAAUCACAACCACACAGGCCACAGAGAUGAACAUGAAAUGCAUAGCACGUGUAACAUUUCUAUAAAAGACAUCCAAAUGGCAAUGGAGGUUUUUAAUAUACAGCAGAAACCUGCUAAAACUCAGGAAGAGGCAAUGCAAAAGCCUUAUCAGUUUUGGAGUACGCAGCCAGUACCAAAAAUGGAUGAAAAAAUAGUUAAAAAUGAAGCCAUAGAAUCUGACAAAACAUCAAUCAGGGCAGAACCUUAUUCAUUACCAGCAGACUUCCAAUGGGAUACUUUAAACCUUGAUGAUCCUUUAGUUUUGUCAGAAUUAUAUACUUUAUUGUCUGAGAAUUAUGUGGAAGAUGACGAUGCUAUGUUUAGAUUUGAUUACCCACCUAAUUUUUUAAAGUGGGCACUGCAAUCCCCUGGAUGGUGCAAAGAAUGGCACUGUGGGGUACGUGUGACUAAAAGCGGACGUCUAGUCGGUUUCAUUUCCGCUAUUCCAGCUACUCUGCGUGUUUAUAAUCACACUCAAAAAAUGGUGGAAAUAAAUUUCUUAUGCGUGCACAAGAAACUGAGGUCAAAGCGGGUUGCACCAGUAUUAAUACGUGAAAUAACUAGGAGAGUUAAUCUUCAAGGUAUAUUCCAGGCUGUUUAUACCGCUGGUGUUGUAUUGCCAAAACCAAUAGCAACUUGCAGGUAUUGGCAUCGUUCUCUCAAUCCAAAGAAAUUAAUUGAAGUGAAGUUUUCUCACUUGUCUCGCAAUAUGACUAUGCAGAGAACUUUAAAGUUGUUUAAACUGCCAGAAAAUACAAAAGUGCCAGGAUUUAGGAAACUGGUUGAAGCAGAUAUACCUCAAGCUCAUAAAAUAUUAACUGAUUAUUUGGAGAAAUUUGACUUGGUUCCGAUUUUCUCCAUCGAAGAGUUCCGACAUUGGUUCCUCCCACAGAACGGGAUUAUUAAUAGUUUUGUAGUAGAAAACGAUGGUAAAAUUACUGACAUGGUUAGCUACUAUACGUUACCGAGCUCCAUAAUGCAUCACCAGACACACAAAACUCUCAGGGCUGCAUACAGUUUUUACAACGUAUCCACUGCGACUCCUUGGCUCGAACUCAUGACUGAUGCAUUGAUAUCGGCUCGUAAUCUCGACUUCGACGUAUUUAAUGCGUUGGAUCUCAUGGACAACAAAGAGUUCUUAGAGCCAUUAAAGUUUGGUAUAGGUGACGGAAAUCUGCAAUAUUAUUUAUAUAAUUGGCGUUGUCCUAGCAUGACACCUGGAAAGAUUGGUUUGGUGCUCCAAUAAGUUCUAAAUAAACGAAUUCGCCUAGAAAAGAAGUUUUCGCACGUGCAAGUUUACGAUACGGAAGCGACGAUAAACGAUGGAAAUAAAUAUUAUUAGGAUAAUAUAGGAGGAACACAUGGAAACGGAAGCAAAUAUAAUUUUGUCUUCUACUAACGAGCAUCCAAAGCAUAUUGAACGAUAGAAAGAAAUUAAUAUUUCCUUAAACGAGUCAAAGUAGCACGUUCCAUUGGAUUCGCCGGUUCCGUGGAUGUUAUCUUUGGGGAGUCUCUGUCUCAACCCUUGAUCAUGACAUUAGUUCAAGGUCAAAAUAUGCAUGUGCAACGCGUGUAUAUAGGUAUCUGCGUGACGAGCAAUGUAGAUAAUUAUCGUAUGCUCUAGUAAUUUACAAGAACCAUGCGGGGCAAGUUUCCUUCUUACAGGUAUCGUCGACCGCAGAGUUACUUCAAAAUUUUCGAUAAAGCUCCUUGGGCGUUAUUUUAUUUGGAAUUAAACAUUUCCCUCAGCGUCUGUUUUGGUUAAAUAGGCCGCAAGGUAUGCCGAAGUGGACAGUGGAAGAAAAAUUUAAAUAAAAGAAGAUCGAAGUAUAAAGCGA